AGCUAAAGUGGCUUAAGAGGUAGAGAUUACAGGCAUAUAUGGCAGAGGCCACCUGGUUAGGUCGUAGAGCAGAGCAGGUAGUGUUUGUGUCAUGGUACGGUAAGGACCAGGUAAGGUAGUGUUUGUGUCAUGGCAUGGUAAGGACCAGGUAAGAAGCAGAUUUAGAGUAGGUAAGUAGCAAAGAAGACAGAGGAAAUGAGAUAGAGAGAUCAAUGGUCUUCAGGAGUGUGUCAUGCAGUCUGUCAGUGCUUUAGGACUUCACAAGGUAUGCAGUGUGUGGCUGACCGAUAACAGGCAGAGAGAUUCCUGUAUACUGGGGACCUCUGUUAUGGUUCAGAGACAGGUCUGAUGAGUUUGUAUUUUGAGUGGAACAUCCAUGGACAUUGUCAACGUGAUACAUUAAAAAAAAUAUAUCCUUAUACAACCGUUAUACAACAUGACCAUGAUGUCACCACAUACCUCGGAAUAACGUAAUUGCAACCUGUUUUUGCUCACUGGGUCAAUGUACAGUAUUCUGCACUGGGAACACUUGAGAGCUUUGACAGAAGCUCAUGGACACAUUCAAGUACCUGUCAUUGUUGACCUCUAGAGGACUGCUCUAUUGCGGUUUUCAUCCCCUUAAGAACCACUGUGCUGCUUUAUACAGAUGCAGGAUCUAAAUUUGAUCACUCUUUUGUUGCUUAAAACCUGUAGUGUAUUCAAGGUUUAAAAAGGCUUGUAAUUUCCACUUUAAAAUGUCAGACUUGAUUUGCCCUAGCGAAAAAUGUAACAACCCCUACAAAAAAUGUCCAUUCAUUAUAAUCCACAUAAUAAUUCACAUUUCUUGUUGCUGCAUGAUUAUUUUCAAACAGGCUCAAAUUAAGAUCCUACAUCUGUAAGGUUAAGGGUUGGUGAUGAUGUUCGAUGUACACUUUUUCUGCAGAAUUUGAACAAAAAUUAGUAUUGAUAACUGCUUUAUAAACGCUCUUUGUCCCUUUGAGAACUACUCUGUUGCUCUAUAGAGAUAUCAGCUCAAUAAGUUAGGUAAGGCUUGCAGAUGACCUUCAAUGUGCACUUCUCCUGCAGAACUUGAGAACGAACAAAAUGGCUGAGAGCAGGAUUAUGUGGUUCAGUCUGGAGGUCUUGAGUCCUUGGCCCAGGGAGCAAUGGUUUUCUUCUGACAUGAACGUGUUGAAAACCCUCUCAAACCAUCACUUUCAGAAUGUACUAUAAAGGACUGUUCUAUUUCCAGACCUCCUCAUCUUACUCAUUAGCCAGACAGUGUAAAGGACUGUUCUCUUUCCAGACCUCCUCAUCUGCCUCAUCAGCCAGACAGUGUAAAGGACUGUUCUCUUUCCAGACCUCCUCAUCUUACUCAUCAGCCAGACAGUGUAAAGGACUGUUCUCUUUCCAGACCUCCUCAUCUGCCUCAUCAGCCAGACAGUGUAAAGGACUGUUCUUUUUCCAGACCUCCUCAUCUUACUCAUCAGCCAGACAGUGUAAAGGACUGUUCUCUUUCCAGACCUCCUCAUCUGCCUCAUCAGCCAGACAGUGUAAAGAACUGUUCUCUUUCCAGACCUCCUCAUCUUACUCAUCAGUCAGACAGUGUAAAGGACUGUUCUCUUUCCAGACCUCCUCAUCUGCCUCAUCAGCCAGACAAUGUAAAGGACUGUUCUCUUUCCAGACCUCCUCAUCUGCCUAAUCAGACAGACAGUUGUCACGAUCAUCGGGAAGAGAGGACCAAUGCGCAGCGUGGAAUGUGAACAUACUUUAGUUUUUAAUUCACCACACGAACAAAACAACAAACGAUACGAAACGUGACGUCCUUGGUUACAAGACAAACCAUACGGAACAAGAUCCCACAACACACUGUGGAAAACAGGCUGCCUAAGUAUGGCUCCCAAUCAGAGACAACAAGCAACAGCUGAUACACGUUGCCUCUGAUUGAGAACCACACCGGCCAACAUAGAAACAAAAUAACUAGAAUAUAACCCUAGCACACAAAACACAUAGAAACAACACACCCUGGCUCAACAUAACAGAGUCCCAGAGCCAGGGCGUGACAGUACCCCCCCCCAAAGGCGCGGACUGCGACCUCGCCAAACAUAAACCGAACAGGGGAGGGCCGGGUUGGCAUUCCUCCUCGGAGGCGGUUCCGGCUCCGGGCAUGACCCCCACUCCCUCUCUAACCCCCCAAAGCGCCCCUGGUCCGGUCUGGCCCUGCUGGCCGGAGCUGGACUGAACACUGGUGGAGCGGAUUGCUCUAGCUCCGGAGUGGAGCAGCUGACCGGUGCCGGACCAGGCACCGGUGGAACAGGCACGGGCUGUGCCGGACUGACGACGCGCACCACAGGCUUGGUGCGGGGAGCAGGGACGGGCCGGACCGGGCUGACGACGCGCACCAUUGGCUUGGUGCGGGGAGCAGGGACGGGCCGAACCGGGCUGACGAAGCGCACCACUGGCUUGGUGCGGGGAGCAGGAACAGGCCGGACCGGGCUGACGACGCGCACCCCAGGCUUGGUGCGGGGAGCAGGGACGGGCCGAACCGGGCUGGCGACGCGCACCAUUGGCUUGGUGCGGGGAGCAGGAACAGGCCGGGCCGGGCUGGCGACGCGCACCAUUGGCUUGGUGCGGGGAGCAGGAACAGGCCGGGCCGGGCUGGCGACGCGCACCAUUUGCUUGGUGCGGGGAGCAGGAACAGGCCGGGCCGGGCUGGCGACGCGCACCGUAGGCUUGGUGCGAGGGACAGGAACAGGCCGGGCCGGGCUGGCGACGCGCACCGUAGGCUUGGUGCGAGGGACAGGAACAGGCCGGAUCGUACUGGGAACACACACCACUGGCCUUACACGGGGAUCAGGAACGGGCCGGACCGGACUGGCAACACACCUCAGUACCUCUCGCCGUGCCUCUACAUCUUCCUUCCCCCUGGUGACCAGUGACUCCCGUAACCUGGCGGCCUCCUUUGCCAACCCGCUGAACCACUCUAUCCCGGCCUCCUGCUGCCCCGUCGUCCACGGCGUGAGCCCCCCCCUAAAAAUGUUCUGGCCGUCUCUCCUCCCCGUGGGCCAGGCCUCCAUGGCUCUCGCCAGACUCUCGCUCCUCUGCUCCCAAGUCCAGCCUCUCUCAUCCUCCCGCGGCUUGACCCAGUCGAGGUUGAUAUCCUUUAGAGCCCUCUCUGGCGUUGGCUCCUGGACACGCUGCUUGGUCCAGUUAUGGUGGGAACUUCUGUCACGAUCGUCGGGAAGAGAGGACCAAUGCGCAGCGUGGAAUGUGAACAUACUUUAGUUUUUAAUUCACCACACGAACAAAACAACAAACGAUACGAAACGUGAAGUCCUUGGUUACAAGACAAACCAUACGGAACAAGAUCCCACAACACACUGUGGAAAACAGGCUGCCUAAGUAUGGCUCCCAAUCAGAGACAACAAGCAACAGCUGAUACAUGUUGCCUCUGAUUGAGAACCACACCGGCCAACAUAGAAACAAAAGAACUAGAAUAUAACCCUAGCACACAAAACACAUAGAAACAACACACCCUGGCUCAACAUAACAGAGUCCCAGAGCCAGGGCGUGACAACAGUGUAAAGGACUGUUCUCUUUCCAGACCUCCUCAUCUUACUCAUCAGUCGUAAGUAAAUGGAAAGAGACUAGAAAAAGGAAAACUCAGGUGAAUGGCCCACUUUUGAUGCUUAUACCUUCCCCUCCUCCAUUUUGUAUCAUGAAAAACACGUAUUUCUACAAGGAGAGGCUGGAAUGAUCACUCAGUCUCUCACACAGAGAAAUUCACCCCCCUCUGGUAAAGGAAGACAUCGUUUAAAGUGUUACAGUAAUACGACGUUCGUCUCCCGGUGCCGUGGGCUUUGUCUUCCACCUCUUUUGUCCUUGCCAUUGUUUAAAUGGCCUAAUCCUAAUCUGGUAGGAAAGGCCAUGCCGUGUUAAUCUGAGUGGGGUUCUUGGCUGGGGGUGUCAGUAACAUAUGUGCUGACAAGGCUAAUCCCAACCCUAAUCCUUGUUCAUUCAGCAGGCCCAUUAGCAUUAAAUGGCACCCUAUUCUCUAGAUAGUGCACUACUUUUGAACAAGGCCCAUAGUGGACUAUGUAGGGUAGAGGGUGCCAUUUGGGACGCAGACAUGGUCUAGGACCAGCACCAAAUGGGAUUGGGAUGUUACUCUAACUUCCUCAGAAGACAAGGCACCUGGGUUUUGGGCCCUAAUCCCUGUUCAUACAGCUGGUUCAUUGGCAUUGUCUAGGACCAGCACGCUUUGGGAUUGGGAUGAUGUCUCCCGAGUGGCGCAGUGGUCUAAGGCACUGCAUCGCAGUGCUAGCUGUGCCACUAGAGAUCCUGGUUCGAGUCCAGGCUCUGUCGCAGCCGGCCGCAAUCGGGAGACCCAUGGGCGGCGCACAAUUGGUCCAGCGUCGUCCAAGGUAGGGGAGGGUUUGGCCGGCAGGGAUGUGGGUUCGUUUCCCACGGGGGGCCAGUAUGAAAAAAAUAUUUAAAAAAAUACGUAUGCAUUCACUAACUGUAAAUCGCUCUGGAUAAGAGCGUCUGCUAAAUGACGUAAAUGUAAAUGUAAUGUCUAGGACCAGCAGGCCCAUUGUCUAGGACCAGCAGGCCUAUUGUCUACCACCUCGCAGCCGGCCGCGACCGGGAGACUCAUGGGCGGCGCACAAUUGGCCCAGCGUCGUCCAGGGUAGGGGAGGGAAUGGCCGGCAGGGAUCUAGCUCAGUUGAUAGAGCAUGGCGUUUGCAACGCCAGGGUUGUGGGUUCAAUUCCCACGGGGGGCCAGUAUAACUGUUGAAUAUUAUCCUUAUAAGGAGCGUAGGAGGAGUCUCAGUUUGUAACAGUCAUCUUAGAAAGUAAUAUUAGAAACCCAGUUAUUAAAGCUGUAUGUCUGCACUCUUAAACAGGAAGGAAUCUUAAAGUACAUGAUCUACUUCCUUCCUGUUUAAGGAGUGCAGAAAAACAGCUUUAAUAACUGGGUUUCUAAUAUUACUUUCUAAGAUGACUGUUACAAACUGAGACUCCUCCUACGCUCCUUAUAAGGAUAAUAUUCAACAGUUGUAUUAAAGCUGUUCAUGUCAAGGAGUUAUUCCAAUAUCCAUGCUGUUGAUGUUCAUGACAAAGGUAUUAUGUUUUAGUUAAUCACGGCAGGAGAAAAAAUAUGAACAUGGGGUUGUCUGGUGAACGUUAAAUACACACACAUGCACGUGUACACACACACACACGCACAACUACACACACACUUUACUGCUCAAGCUGAAACAGCAGGGUGGAAACAUCUCAGUCCUCUAUCUCUGUAAUCAUGUCUUCUAAUUUAAAAGUUAAAGUUUGCACUUUAAUUAGCGUGUGUGUGUGUGUGUGUGUGUGUGUGUGUGUGUGUGUGUGUUUGUGUGUGUGUGUGUCAGUUUGUGUGUGUGUGUCUCUGUGUGUGUGUGUGUGUGUGUUGAAGUCCCCACAAUAAUAAUAAACAAACAAAAAUGUGACCAACUGGGGACAUUUUGUUAGUCCCCACAAGGUCAAAUGCUAUUUCUAGGGGAUUUAGGGUUAAGGUUAGCAUUAGUAUCAGGGUUAGGAGCUAGGGUUAGGUUUAGGGUUUAGGUUAGGUUUUUGGGUUAAGGUUAGGGUUAGGGUUAGGGUAAGGUUUAGGGUUAGGGUUGGGGUUAGGUUUAAGGAAAAUAGGAUUGUCUGUCCCCACAAGGUCAGUGUGUGUGUGUAUGUUUAAUUAGCCAUUAGCCUUUAACAUUAGAGUAUCUGUCUCUGAUUUGGUUCCUAAUGUUUGGGGUAAAUUCACUGGCCUGCUGUUUGGUUGCUACAUUAUAUUUAAAUAUAUUUCACUUGAUGUGUACCUAUGUCACCAUUAUGUCACCAUUAUCUGGGGCUGUAGUCCUCUUCAGAGCCCAUGCCUCUAUAAUGACAUCAUUACUCUGGGACUGUAGUCCUCUUCAGAGCCCAUGCCUCUAUUCUACUCUGUGGCCUACUAUAGUCAAUGCAUUGCUGGCCUGGGCAAGCUGCUGAAAGCAGGAGGGGGCAGUUAUCUGUUCUGCAUGUCUCAGAUCUAA